GUCACUUCCGCACUGGAAAGCGGUUGACAGUCGGUACAGACUAGAGCUGAUAGACUAGUUUUAACUGAAAAUAAUGAAUUCAACAUAAUCUCAGGUCAUUUUCGCUGUUUACACGGAAGUAGUGAUUUGGGGGAAGUCGGCUGCUUUCACAGACAUGUGGGUUUUCGGUUACGGGUCGCUCAUUUGGAAAGUUGACUUUCCGUUCGAGGAGAAACGUGUCGGUUUCGUUAAAGGUUUCAGUCGCCGGUUCUGGCAGGGAAGCACCGAUCACCGCGGAAUUCCCGGAAAGCCUGGACGUGUGGUGACGUUAAUUGAAGACCCCGAGGGCUGCGUUUGGGGUGUUGCUUACAAACUUCCAUCAGGAAGGGAGGGAGAGGUGAAGGAAUAUCUGGACUACAGAGAGAAAGGUGGAUACAGAGUGAUGACAGUUACAUUUCAUCCUAAAGGAGAGGAGCACAAGCCAAUCCAGAACACACUGCUCUACAUCGGGUCCUGCGACAACCCAAACUACCUCGGACCAGCGCCUCUGGAACUAAUCGCACAGCAGAUCCUCAGGUCAGUUGGACCCAGUGGAAAAAACACAGAGUACUUAUUUGAGCUGGCUGAUGCUCUCAGGGAGCUGAUGCCUGAGGAUUCAGAUGAUCACCUGUUCUCCUUGGAGCGCCUGGUCAAGGAACUUCUACAGAAGACUGUGGAGUGACACACUCAUCACCACAUGUGGGGUUUUCUCACAAUGGAGAUUCAACCGCAUACACACACACAUGGGUAGCUCAUAUAUGGAGUCUCAUUAACUUAACUGCAGAUUAUUAAAACCUGAUUAUUUAAUAUUUGUUUCCUUGUUGUAACGUCAAAUAACUGCCUGUUUAAGCUUGUAUGGGUUUUUAUGUAUAUUUACUAGGGCUGGGUAAAAAAUAUAGAUUCUCCGAUUUUCAUCGAUCUUCAAUUUAACAAAACAAUAUUUAUGCGAAUCGAUUUUUAAGGCGCGUGCUUUACCUGAGAGGAUGUGACUAUAACCUGUAGUUCGCCUCUCGUCCUGAAUGUCGCCAUCUUUAAUGUUUUGAAUUUUGAAAACGAUUUUAUUUCUUUUUGUUAAUGAAUUUCUGUUGCACAUUUACAAUGUUUUUACAGUAAUGUGCAGUUUGUGUUUACCUGUGUGUGCAUUGAUGCACAUAUUUAUAAUUUCUUGUUACAAUGUUUGUUACUCAAAGUAAAAAGUAAUUCAACAUAAUUGUGUGGGCCCUAUUGGUAAUGUGUAUUUCAAUAAUAUAACUAGGUAGGAAGGUUUCAGUUACCAGCAUUUAUAUUAAAACAUGGAUUCCAUGUCUACAAAACUAAUAUUUUAAAUGAAUAUAAAUCGAUAAAUCUAUAUCUAAUCGAAUUCGACAUCGAAUCGAACCCAUAUAAAUAAGAAUUGACUCGGUUGCAAUACCCAGCCCUAAUAUUUAUGCACCACGUAAAUUACUUAUAGUCACUCAAAAAGGGAAAUAAGUGUCAUCAAUUUUAUAGGAUAUGUGUAGCAGUGUGUUGGUGGGCCUAAGAGUUGAAAAGUUAUAAGAUGCAAUGAUAUUUAUGACCACAUGAACUGUACUCAUAAAUGAGACCAAAACAUACUGAUAUGUAAUAAAACAUCUAUAACAGUAACAGCAAGUAUGGCAUUGACCAUUUCAUCUAUGCAAAAUACUUAAGUAUUGAAGCUGGUAAGAACAGUACAUGUACACUACAGAAAGAGCUACACUACCAGUCAAACGUUCAGACAUACUCGUUCUUUAUUUUUUUUUCCUCCACAUUUUAGAAUAAUAAUAAAAGUUAUCAAAACUCUGGAAUAACACAAAUGGAACUAUGGGAAUUAUGUUGUGAUAAAAAAUCCAAAAUAAAUCUAAGUAAUUUAAUAUUUU